AUGGUUGUCACCACACCAAACAUGAAAAUGCCACUCCUGGCUCGUUUGCUUACUGGCCUAGGGGCCCUGUGCUCGGCCUUGCGUCGGGAGCCAGAAAUCUAUGGUGUUGAUCCUGUAAACAGGUGGGUUCAAUCCUAUGAUGAUGCUUGGGACUUGACUCGAUCUGCUGAGGCGACAGCGGUCUCUCCUGGUCUUGUGCGGAUGACGGGUCAGAAGAGUAUGGCGGUUCUUGACUGGAGCAAAACUGCACUCAUGGUGAUCGAUAUGCAAAGUUCGUCCUUACCCAGGAGAAAAGAAAAUUUCAUGCAUGAUUCUCAACUGACGCUCGCCGAGGAAGAUGUCUACCUGCACGAACACAUUGCGAAAAGUUUUGAUGCAGGACGUGCCAUUGUCCCGACGGCGAUCGACUUCGUCUUGACGCUGCGGAAGUCGGGAGUCAAGAUCCUUUGGUCCAACUAUGAACUAGAUGAAAUGGACCUGGAGUCCAUGCCUCCCUCCGUCUUCACACAUCAUCAACCCGCCUCCAGUACACUUGGAACGUCCAUGGGCUUCUACAACGGUCUUGACAUGGGCAGGAAGCUCAUCAGCGGGUCCUGGAACGCUGAGCUCUACGGCAGGCUGGAAUCUCUUCGCGCAGAGGGUGUAGAGCAGGGUACAGAUGCACGGUUUCAAAAGAACCGCUUGAGUGCUUUUCGACAAAGAGACACCAGCCUACUCACCCACUUACAUCAUCAAAACUUGACCACCUUGUUAUUUGCUGGCGUCAACACCGACGUUUGUGUGUGGGCUUCAAUGCUCGAGGGUUCUUUUCUGGGAUUCGAUGUCAUCCUGCUAGAAGACUUGGUUGCCACUUCCAGUCCCAUUACGUGA